AUGAUCAUUAACUGUGGUUUUAAUGCAUCUCUGCUAAGUAUUUUAUGUUGUAUUUUCUCAAUCGUUUUCCGGUAUGACCAUAGUUCUGGCCAUGCACUUUUUGUUGUCUUCUCAGUGUUGGUUUUCCAUUUUCUAUUGACUGGCAUAUUUCUGGCAACUUUUUGUUGGUUUCUAACUAAUUCUUAUCUUCGAGAAGAGGCUCCAAACAGUUAUGUGGUUGAACAGCGUGUUGAAUGGAUGUACGCAUUUGAUGUUCACUGCAACUCUUUCUUCCCAAUGUUUGUGUUGCUAUAUGUGAUCCAUUAUUUUCUAUCUCCUCUAUUGGUGGUUCAUGGCUUCAUUCCAGAACUGCUAUCAAAUCUAUUAUUCAUGGUGGGAGCUUCAUACUACCAUUAUCUAAAUUUCUUAGGUUAUGAUGUUCUGCCCUUUUUGGAGAGGACCACCUUUUUUCUGUAUCCAAUUGGUGUAGUAAUUGUUCUUUCUCCCAUAUUGAUUUUGAGUGGCUUCAAUCCUUCUAGAUACUUUAUGAACAUAUACUUCAGCCGGCAAAUAUGAUCAUUCCAGUUAAAACUUUUGACCAGUCUGUGUCAUGUUGAGGUUAUAAGUAAUGGAGACUACAAAAUGAGAAAGCUGUAAUGAAUGUUUGAUUGUUUGUUCGACGAGUGCAAUACCCCGACAAUGCAUCAUUUUAGGCCUUCUACUACUAUAAGUCCAAGUUGAACUGUAGUAAGACAGCAGGGUAGUCAGUGUAUCUUUCACAGUUAUUAAAUAGAAUUUGUUCAGGUGAAUACAGUCAUUGUAAUCAAUUUUCAUUGUCAAUUCAGCAUUUUUCCUUCCAACAAAGAAAUUUUUC